GGGGGGGGGGGGGGGAGCGCUGCCGGCAAGCCGUGCGCCGCCGAUGAGCCCACCGUAGCCGAGCCCUAGUUCCCCAUCCCGUGUCCGGCCUUCGUGCCGUGUCUCUUGUGGCGCCUUACUCCCACGUAUUUUGAUCAUCACCUUGGUGCUUCGCAGGUACGCGGCAGAGAUCUGAGCUGGAAUGGCUGGCCGCUUCGUCUCCCACAAGUUCGUCUCCGGGAUUUGCCGAUCGACAAGCCGCCUCACCGCCCGCGCGUCUCCUUCUGCUAGGGCCACCGAUCCGAUCGUCCCCCGUGCCUUAGAAGCUGGCAUCAGAAACAACAGCAAUGUCUUCCAUGGAGCUGCAGUUCAAUCUGGCACCGCUGUCCCCAAUAACUGCGCCAUCCAUAGCUAUGCUGCUGCAAGGUACCUCGGUACAUCCCCAUGGUCUUGUGCGGCUACUAAAGCAGGCUGCCCAACGACUGGGAUGCCAUCAACUGUCAUCAAGAAGCCAACCUUUCCGGUUUCUGUUGGAGGAAUGAAGCGAACUUAUUCAUCUGGUGCACCCAACAAGCUCGGACAUUCUUGGGGAGCCAAACUGGCAGCUUGGCGUGACAGAGGUUCAGUUUUGAAACUUCGUAUAGCUAAAAAGCUGGGACCGGAUGAAGGCGAUAAAGGAUGGAUUACAUUAAUGUUCCUUGCAACUUGUAUUGGCUUUUGGUUUUUCAUUAUGUCUCUUUAUCCAACAGCAAGGGACUAUGGGCAUGGCCGUAGUGGUUCCCGUGGUUGCUCUGGUUGCUGCCAUUGCCUUGCUGGUGGUUCAAAAUCCUAAAAGAAAAGGCGCAAUUAAGUUAACAGCUCCAAGUGCUAUGAGGAGGGCGUUACUUGUUUUGUUCGUUCUUUUUCAAGAGUGCUGUGCUUUCAAAUUUAGUUUUUGAAUAGAAUGCAAUUGCUCAUAGAAAUGUACAUAAUGCAGCCGGUAGUGCGAGGCCAGUUGAUAAAAUCAGCCAAAUUGUCCAUAUUGGCGAUAUUACUUCCUUUGAAA